UAUCUAAUCAAAGGCUUUUAGUUGGUCUGUAUAAAUGCAGUAGUUCAGUGACCUCUGCUGUCAGUGGCAGGAGACGGGCAUGCAAGAGUUACUCCUGUCAGUCAACAGGCAGCAGGAGACGAGGAAGGAUGUAGGGAGAGAUUAAAUGAGAGAGUGGCAGGGGGCAGAGAGAAAAGAGAGAGAGCGAAACACACACACACACACACACACACACAUACACAGAGACAGAGAGAAGCAGUUAAUUCACCAUCAGGAGUGAUGGCCUGCAUGCCUGGUUAGCACAUUUCUGUGGCUGUCUGUAAUAAGUACUUACAAUGGAGGGGAGAAACGAGAAGUUCUCCAGAAAAAGAAGUUUCACAUUCGGAGCUUACGGAGGGAUUGACAAGUUCAUCACUGGAAAUGAGAGCAGCUGUGCAGAAUCUGUGGGUCACAGCAUACUGGAUAUUUUGGAUUCCCCUUCCAGUGAGGCUAAGCCACUCACUUCUGCACCGUCCAGUCAGAAGGUCACAGAGUUGUUUGCAAUCAUCGAAAAGCUACAGGGUAGCAGAUUGGAUGAACAACGUUGUGAGUUCCCACCACCUCUGAGGACACGGCUGUUAAAGAUUGGAGAUGGUUUACCUCUCAUCCUGCCCCCUAAAUCUGGAGGUUAUUGGAUCGACCCUCCACUGGAUAGACAUGUGGAGACCAGCCCUACUCUCUCACAGGGGGGUUUCGGUCUGGAGAGCUAUGACAUAAUGGAGAGAGACAGUGAAGCUAAAGUCUAUCAGGAAUUCUUCCGCCACAGAUAUCAUCAUUCGUUCACCGCCUGUGACCCCUCUCUUGGGCCCCUAGUUUUAUCUGUUUGUCUUGAGGAAGAGGAAAAUCGCCUGAGAGUCAUUUUGAGGAUGAAGGAGUGCUCAGUUCAUGCCACGUUUUCUGUUUCGCUCUUUCAACAAUUCCCCACGGCAGUGGAGCUGGCAAAGAUGCUGUGCUCAAGUGUCAGUGUCACAUGUUUUGAGGCUGUGAGUUACUUAAAGGCCCCAGAGAUCAUAAUGGCAUUUGAUGAACACAGAGUGUCUCAAAACUUUAAAUUUGGUAUCUUAUACCAGAGAGAAGGACAGUUAACAGAAGAAGAUAUUCUUAGUAACAAUGAGGAAAGUGAGGAGUUUUUAGAGUUUUUAUCAAUACUUGGACACACAGUCAAACUGCAAGGAUUUACUGGUUUUAGGGGAGGUCUGGAUGUUUCUCGUGGACAGACCGGAAAUGAAGCGGUUUUCACCUCCUUCCAUGGACGUGAGAUUAUGUUCCACGUUACCACUAAACUACCGUUCACAGAAGGAGAUACACAACAGUUGCAGAGAAAGAGACACAUUGGGAAUGAUAUUGUUGCCCUGGUCUACCAGGAGGGUAACACUCCCUUCAUUUCCGAUGUGAUCAGAUCCCACUUCUUGCACUGUUUCAUUGCAGUGAGGAGGAUAAAGAGAGAGAAUGAGGGAGAGGGAGGAGACGGGGGAUCAUUUCAGGUAUGUGUCACCGCUAGGGAGGAUGUACCCCCAUUUGGCCCACCCCUUCCUACACCACCCAUUUUUACAGAGGGCUCAGUUUUAAGAGAGUUCCUUUUGACCAAACUUAUAAAUGCUGAAAUCUCUUGCUACAAGGCUGAGAAAUUCAGUCGACUGGAGUUACGUACACGUUCAUCUCUUUUGGAAGCCCUGCGCUCUGAACUGUCUUCCCGAUCCCAAUGCAUGUUGGGAGAGCCGUCACAGCCCAGCAUCCCCCUCACCGAAGUGGGGAGAAGUGUUCCAGAGGGGGGAGGAGGGUUCAUUGAGAACUUCAAGAGAGCUAUUAGGGUACGAAGCCACUCGUUUGAUACCUUGGGAGUACCAAAGAAGGCAGGUGGUGUAGCAGGGCAGCGUCCUAAGGAUGGUGAGAGCGAGCAGACAAGCAACAUGGGCUACGCUGAGACAAGAGGUCAAACCAGUCCCCAGGACGACUUGUAGAUAGAUGAAGAAUGUCACUAAUUCUGAGGCCUAAGCACAAAACAGCCUUCUACAGAUCUCAAGAUCCAUUGAAGAGUGCAAAGCACAAUAAAGUUAAUAGAUAUUUUAACUAAAACGUUGUGUAUUAAGGUAAGUUGUUACUAGCGCCAAGUGCAAUCAGAAACAUGUGAAUAUACAAGAUUUCUCUUUGAAGUGGCAUAGUAUAGACUCAAUGGCUGCUUACAGCUGAUGUAUCUCAGUGAAGUUGGGUUUCAUUUAUGGAAUUUUCUGCAGUUUAUCCAGUAAACUGUAAUAUUUAUGUGUAUUUAAUAUAUAUAUUGUUCACAAUGGGAGAAAAAUAAACCUAAUAAGCCAUAUUUUCUGUAUUCAACAAUUAUUAAACUUUA